GGUGCUUCGGAUUUUGCCUUCUAGGUCUUUAUCUUGUCAAAUUGUAGUAAAAAGGUCUGCUCUAUCCUUGGAGGGGUUUCUGCGUGAAUAUUUCCUAACAGGUUCUCCAGUUAUAAUAACUGACUGUAUGGCUCACUGGCCAGCCACAACAAAGUGGAAUGACAUGUAUUAUCUCAAAAGGGUUGCUGGUGGUCGAACGGUGCCAGUUGAGGUUGGGAAGAACUAUCUAUCCACAGACUGGAAGCAAGAGCUCAUCUCAUUUUCACAAUUCCUGGAGAGGAUUCAAUCCAGUAAUUGUUCUUCCGUAACCCCUUCUUAUCUAGCUCAGCAUCCAUUGUUUGAUCAGAUCAGGGAGUUAAAGGAGGACAUUUGUACUCCUGACUACUGUUUUACUGGUGGUGGGGAGCUAAGACCUCUCAAUGCUUGGUUUGGUCCAGCUGGGACAGUGACACCCUUGCACCAUGAUCCACAUCAUAAUAUACUUGCUCAGGUUGUUGGCAAGAAGUAUGUAAGGCUCUAUCCUGCAUCACUCUCUGAGGAACUUUACCCAUAUUCUGAAACCAUGCUUUGCAAUUCUAGCCAGGUUGAUCUAGACAAUAUAAACGAGAAAGAAUUUCCUAAGGCAGUUGAGCUAGAAUUUGUGGACUGUAUUUUAGAGGAAGGCGAAAUGCUUUACAUCCCGCCGAAAUGGUGGCACUAUGUGCGAUCUCUAACAACAAGCUUUUCUGUUAGCUUCUGGUGGAGCAAUAAUGGAGGUUCUUCCUGAUGAGUACGCAACAUCAGUGUCUGUGUUCUAAUUUUUUUGGUAAGGGGUUUAACCCGAUAUAUCAGGAGAAAGAAACCGUUGCAGGGAGAGUAAAGGAAUAUGAUAUUAUAGUUUAGUGUAUAUAGACAUUUUGCUCGGUAGCUGAUCAUAAUCAAACCCUUAUGGAACGACAUUAGUGUGCAUGUUUUGCAAUUUGAGUGCAUCUUGGAUUUGAUGGAAAGAUGCUUGCUUACUUGUUAAAAGUGAUUUUAAAAUGAUUGUUUUUUUUUU